AUGUUUUCAAAUUCUUAUCCAGAUAUUGAUAUUAUUUAUCAUGUUAUUAUUGUUCCUACCAGAGCACGAGCAACAAGAAUUUCUAGUACAACAACUGCUAAUCCAUAUAUUGCAUUAGCUGGUAUUUUGGGAUCAACAAAACACAAAAAUUUGGGUCAAUUAACAACACUUCGAAUAGGUCAUGAUAAUACUGGUUUAAUGCCUCGAUGGAAUAUUGAUCAUAUUGUUGUUCGAAAUCAAUUAACAAACAAUGUUUAUCGAUUUCCAUGUGGACGAUGGUUAGGUAAAGGUGUUGAUGAUGAUAGUUUAGAGCGACUUCUUUUUAUUGAUUCGACAUAUUCAUGUGAAAUGAAUGAUAAUAAUACUAUUGGUUUAUUCGAUUCUGGUUCACCAUCUCAAUUAAUGACAACAAGUUUCAUAAGUGGUGGAUCUCAAGUAAAUUUAUCAGCUUCUGUACGAUCACGAUCAUCUAGUUUACGACGUGUCAAUGAUCAAAGAUUAAUAACACCAAUUUUAUGUGGUGAAGAUGGUUUUGUUAAUGCAUUAGAAAAAACUCUUUCCUAUGGUUUAAAAAAAAAUCAACUGGUAAUGUUCCAUUUUUUGACGGUGGACGAAAACGAUAUGUUUGGGACUUCUUAAGUACAACAUUUAGUUCUUUACUUUUUUCUUUUUGUAAUAUUUUUCUAUUCAGUUAAAGUUUGUGAUGAAUAUGAUGGACGU